UCAAUAACGACAGUGAACCAGUUUGAUAAAGGGAGAGAAGUCGAUUUAUUCUUCUGAACUGAUGAAGUAAAAAUAUUGAGUUAAUCAUGUCGCUGUUUGAAAACAUAAAACAGCUCCACCAAGCUGAACUGUAUGGGGAUUUGAAACUUGUUGCAUCACUUGUUUUGUCGUUAAGUGAAAACAACCCAGAUGCAGAUGUUUUGUCAUUCCCACAGAAAUACCAAUGUCAGGUUUAUUAUGGUGAUGCUCUCUUUCAUCAAGGGGAGUACAAGAAGGCAGAGGUCAUUUACCGAAAGUCUCUGCAGUUGAAGAAAGCCAUCAACAAGACAAAGGGAAAGCAUGGCAGUCCUGCAGAUGUGUCGUCAGAAGUGGAAGUGAAGUUCAAACUGUACCAGUGUCUUGACCACUUGAAGCGCACUGCAGAAGCUCUAAAUGUGCUGGAGAGUAUCAGCACAAAGCAGAGGACAGCCAAGGUGAACCUUGCCCUGGCCAAACUUAACCUCCGCGAGGGUAGAGACAGAUCAGCCAUGACUUGUUACAAGGAGGUUGUCAGAGAGCAGCCCUUGGCUUUGGAUGCUGCAGUGGGAUUGCUGUCUCUUGGGAUGAAAGGUGCUGACGUUGCUUCUCUUAUCACAAACAACCUGCCUCAUGGAACCAAUGUGGAAUGGUUGCAUGGUUGGUUGAAGGGACACGCACAACUUGCAGCCAAAGAAUACACCACUGCUGUAUCUACAUUCCGAAACAUGGAAAAGAAGACAUGUUUGCGAGACAAUGUACAGCUCCUGAACUGUGUUGGGGAAGCCAUGUUUUAUGAUGGUCGCUAUGCAGAUGCUAUGUCAGUGUUCCAAAGAGUUCACAGUCUUGACCCACUAUGUAUGAAGAACAUGGACUUGUUUGCCUACCUUUUGUCACAAGAAUGCAAAGUCAGUGCGUUGUCACAAUUGUCCCAGAAGCUGAUGGGGAUAUCGGAAAGCUGUGCUGAACCAUGGAUUGCUAUGGGCUACUACUCCAUGCUGAAUUUCGUCAAAAGUAAAGAACGUUCAGUCCGGGCAGUUUACUUUGCUCAAAAGGCAUAUACCGUUGACCCGAGAUCCAUUCAAGCGUUGUUGUUAAAGGCGUCAUCUCUGCUGGACUUGAAGAAACUACAUGAUGCCACACUACACUAUCUAGAGGCCGUCAGGCUUGCUCCUCAUCGCUUUGAGGCUUACAGUGGUCUGAUAGAAUGUUAUCUGACAACCCACAGAAUCAAAGAUGGAUUAACUUGGGCCAGUCGCAUGAUACGUACUCUUGGAAACAGUGCACGCACAUUUACACUUUAUGCAUCAGUUUUGUCAAAAGAUUCCAACACAGUUGCAAAGGCCGAGCCAUACCUUUUAAAGGCGAUAGAGAUGGACCCAUCCUACCUAGAGGCAGUGUACAUCCUGGCAGACAUCAUAGCUCAAGGUCCAGACCAUCAACGCGGAAUCAAAUUUUUUGUUAUUUUCCCAAGAAUACAGCAACAUCUCAUUUCCCACAACACGGCCAGACUUCAUCAGAUUUUGGGAGAUUUCCUUGCCCUGGCUAGCCGACACCAGGAAGCAAUGGAUGAAUACAGCAUCACCUUAACGAUGCAGCCAUUCAACAAGCGAGCCCAGGAUGGUAUGCAGAGACUGGAGAAGCACAAUGAGGGGGGACUUGAGAACAGCUACGACGUGGAGGUGGAAAUGGGAGGCAGCGACAAUGACGAUGCCGACUUCGAGGGAAGUGACAUGGAGAGCACAUGGUCAGAGACAGAUUUCAGUUAACACAAUAUAAACAGAACAUCAGACAUUGGACAAUGAAAUGUUUUGGUCUCCGAAAUCUCAACUGGACUUCAUCCGUUAACC